UUUAAGCCUCUGUCCUGAGCUGCAUGUGUAUCAGUCAGCAUAAGGCUACAAUCCAUGUGGAUUAUUUCUUUUGGGACUGAAGAGCCACGAUUAUCUACCCAAAGAGGCUUAGUAAUGAUGUCAUGAACACAUAAUGAAGAGACUGUAUAAGUGAAACACUUGAAGGCAUAUCUGGGGUGCCUUGGACGGACAUGAGAUUGCAGUCUCUUCUUCCCAAGACAGCUGCUGUUUUUAUUAUCGACUUGAACAAACCCAUCCAUCAUGUCUAAGGAGAAGCUUGAUUCAUUAGUGAAGUCAAUGGAGCUUAUGCUCUCUGAAGUGGAACAAUUAAAAGUCCACUGUACCAAACAAACUGAAGAGGUCAACCAGUUGGUGCAAGACAUACGGAGAGAGAACAAGGACUUGGCGCAAAAAUACACCCAGAUAACGCAGGAUAUGCAGGAAGCCCGAGAAGCUAUUGGCCAACUUCAGGAUACUAAAUUUGCCUUUGAAGCAAAGGAGAGACAAGCACAGAAACUAAGCCGACAACUUUGAAACCAUCAUGAAGCUUCUAAGCAACUCGUUAAAUAUAAAGUGUGGCAGAAGAUCCAACACUCUUUACUGCAUAUCCAUAUUUCGUAAACCCUGCAGACAAGCACUUUUUUUUUCUUUCUGUCCAAUAUCCAACUUUAAGAAGAUGCAUGGCUUUCUUUUUCUUACCACCAUGUGCAUUUUUCCUGAGGGUCAGUUUCAUUUGAACAUAAACAGAACAUUUAUUGAGGUUAAAAUAGUUUACCUCCACGACUUAUACAAAAUAGAACAUUGAAGGAAACCUUCUGUUCAUCUAUCCUACCCGUUACAUAUAUGCGGACAUUUAACCACUUAAGCAAUGGAGUUAUAUAUGGACCUACAACAAAAUUCUAAGCCAGUUUGAGAUAUCGGCUUCAACUGUUAUAUUGAUCUGCUUCUGGAACUGAAUCGAAGAACAUACAUCCCCAGUUCUCAAGGAAGGCCUCAUUCUUAUAUCAAUAAAUGAAUUAUUUUCGCAUAAUGCUUUUACUCUGUUCCUACGGUGAUGUUUCUCCUUUCUAGGUAGAGAAUGAUUUCAAUUUUCUUUCCUUCUUAGGAAAUGAACACUUUGUUUUGUUUUAACCAUUUAGAAUUAUUUUAAGGGUUAGAUUCUAUUUUUAUAUUGCCAUCUCAGGUAUAUAAUAGCUAUUUUCUCCCGGGUCAAGUUGAGAACUCCUAUUCAGUUACCAGAGUUAAGUUCAUAUCCUGCAGUACAGAUCAGCCCUAAAUUUCACGUUCUAUCAUGAUUUAUUGACACAGACAUUGAGACAUUUCAUACUUCAUGUUGUGCCAUGUACUUGAUAUGCUAUAGAUAUUUGUCAAUUUAAGUUGAAGUGUGUGUCUCGUAUUUUUGUUUUUAUAUCUUUGUUCCCAUUUAGAUACAUAAUUUAACAUACAUUAAACCACAUAAAUCAUUUUGUUUUUAUGUUCAUUGGUUUUGUUUAUUUCCAUAAAUUGGUGUUUAUCAGAGGAUGGACUAAUUGUGUUUGCUAUACCUUAAUUGCAGUUGUAUAUCUCUCAGUUCUCCAGUCUUACCCUCCCGCUAUAUAUUUGACAGCCAGCAGAGAAUUAUGGGGUAUUUAGUCCAAGCUACACUUGAAGUGCCUUGGUUGCAUGAUUUUCACAUGCCUGUUCACUUGUCUAUAAUUCAUCUGUAU